GUUUUGUUAUGUUCUUCCCUUUUCUCAUUCCUCGGACAUUUUAUGUCCAGCUCUGUCUGUAGACAGUCAAAAUGUUUGCCUUCACAUGGUUUUCAGCAGUAACUUGGACUUUAGUGGCUCUUUUUUGCACCCUGUUUUUCCUGUGGUAUGGCAUCCGGCCUUAUAUGUUCUUCAAAAGGCUUGGAAUACCAGGACCAAGGCCUCUACCCUUUAUUGGCACACUUCACUUGUUAAAGAAGGGAAUUCCAAAGUUUGACAGUGAGUGCCAAGCAAAAUAUGGAGAUUUCUGGGGAUUGUAUGAUGCAAGUGCACCAAUGUUAAUGGUGGCAGACCCGGAGAUCAUUAAGACUGUGUUGGUGAAGGAGUGCUACUCUGUGUUCACCAACCGCAGGGAGAAUCUCAUAGAAGGACCUUUUGAUGAUGCACUUACAGGGGUUAAAGAUGAUAAAUGGAAAAGAAUUCGGAGCACUGUAUCCCCAUGCUUUACCAGUGGAAGAAUGAAACAGGUUUUCCCCAUUGUGGCUCAAUAUGCAGAGCGACUCAUUGAGAAGAUUCGGCAAAUGAAAGAGGACGAACAAGUGGAUGUCAAACAACUUGUGGCUCCUUACAGUUUAGAUGUUGUGACCAGCGCCUCUUUUGGUGUCGAUGCAGACUCCCAAAAUAACCCAGAUGGCCCCCUCAUUGUUCAUAUCAAAAAAGUCAUGAACAUUAAUUUUAUGCUUGUAUUCAUAAUGAUGCUUCCGUUUGGUUCUCGCCUGAUGAAUCUUCUAAAAAUUGAAGUGAUGCCCAAACUCAGUGUGGAUUAUUUCUACAACAUCAUCAAGGGAUUUAAAGAUCAGCACUGUGAAGAAGACACGAGCCGAGCAGACUUCAUGCAGUUGAUGAUUAAGAGCGAGAUUCCAGAGACGGAGACACAGAGUAAGGAACAACAACCGAGUAAAGGUUUGACUGAACGCGAGAUCCUGUCCCAGGCCUUCAUUUUCAUCUUAGGCGGCUAUGAGACCACCAGUGUCACCUUAGCUUACAUCCUGUACAAUCUGGCCAUCAACCCUGAUGCCAUGCACAACUUACUGCAAGAAAUCGAUGCCAGCUUACCAAGCGAUGCUCCAGUUUCGUACGAGGCCCUGCACCGCCUGCAGUAUCUGGACCAGGUUAUUUGUGAGUCGAUGCGUUUGCUUCCCACUGCACCGCGGCUUGAGAGAAUGUGCAAAAAGACAGUGCAGGUCCACGGCAUCACCAUCCCUGAAGGAACCCUGGUCGGGAUCCCUGUGUAUAUGCUACACAGGGAUCCUCGUUUCUGGAGCUCACCUGAGCUUUUCCUACCAGAGAGGUUCAGUAAAGACGGUGGCGAAGAGGUGAACACAUAUGCGUACAUGCCAUUUGGACUUGGGCCUCGAAACUGCGUUGGGAUGCGUUAUGCUCUCCUUGUCAUGAAAAUGGUCCUUGUUCGUAUCCUGCAGGACUACACUGUGGAAACAUGCAAAGACACCAUGAUUCCCUUGGAGUUCGACUGGAAGCUCCAGCCGAUUCGACCAAUAAAACUCAACUUUGUUCCCAGACAACGUUAGCCCAAGAGGGAAGAGCUCUACACAUGUGUCACCACUGAAUUCCAGCCAAAGUCACCAUUUUGUAGUAGUAGCUGUUCUUUUAGUGUUUUUAGCUGAUGAAAUUUAAACAUGUGAAGCUAAUACUUCAAUGGCUAAUACAAGUGAAACUUAUUUUUAAAACAUUUGAUUAUUCCUAAAACUUCUGCCCCUCCUUUUUACAUGUGCACUUGCGGGGGAAGAUAUAUCACUUUAAAACUAUGGAGAAAAAUAGAAAAUUGUAAUAAUAAUCCGUGUUUUAUAGGUGUUUAUAGGUAUUGUGUGUUUUACCCACAAUAAAAGAAAUGUCAAAAAUA